AUGAAUGGUUUUUCGCAUACAAUUGUCAGUCGAAAAUUUCAACUUCGGUUUCAGAUGAAAACUCUGCCGAACGAGUUUUCUUCGCUUGAGAAGCUCUGCAAGCUGGAUCUGUCGUUCAAUCGGCUAACGGAAGUGCCACGUUCACUUUGUCAGCCAAAACCACUAGAAUGCUUAAACAUUCGUCACAAUCAACUCAACGAUCUCCCAUCUGAGAUGUACGCAUUGACAAGCCUACGUCGAGCACACGCGUUCAGUGGACUUGAAUCCACUGGUCUCUGGGUAGACGGAAACCCGCUGCGAAGGCUAGCAGGGUCCGUAUGGCAGUGCUCAACUACGCGACCAUUGUGGAGGUACCUAAGGCAACGACAACUACGCCAGGAGUCGAGGAUACAGCCAAUUAGAAUUUUUGUUCUUGGGCAAUCCAACUCAGGAAAAUCUACCUUUAUCCGCCGCAUCGUUAAGCAUUGUCACACAGUCUACAAGCAAACGAAUUUGGCUGACUCGUUCAGACAUGAUAAAGCGGAGAAUGUAUUUUCUUUACCUGGUGAUCCUAUUGCAUUUCCGUUGCCGUUCCACUUCAGCCGAUGUCGAACGCCGAGCGGUUUGGACAUUCUGUUAAUUGAUGUGACCACACCUCCAUAUCCAGAAGUCUAUCAGGUCCUACAGUGUCAGCUAUUUGACAAGGACUCACUCUUUGUUAUCACAUUCGAUGUUUCACAGCUUGUUUCUAGCUGGACCAGAACAACAAAAGAAGAGAUCAAUUUGGAUGAUAUUAUCGGAAAAUGGUUAAGAGUUGUUUUCACUUAUGCACCUAGCGCCGUUGUGAAAUUAGUAGCAACCCAUGUGGACUGUGUCUCCUCAUCGUGCGGUGAUGCAACGUGCUUAGGAGAGUCCACUUCUCUCGGUGAUAUCCGACAGCGAUUUUCCGCCUGGUAUACAGAGGAAAUAGAACCACCAGUCUUACAGCCAAACAUAACGGAGUUGGAAGAGAAUUUACCCAAGCUAAAGAAGAGCCAAAAGCACAAACCGUCCCAUAUCUUGAUAAAACUGAUACACACACACGUAGCAGAAUGUAUUGAAAAGAUGGAAGAGAAACUUAAGGUACCAUCUGAUGAAAGAAAAAUCCACUGUGCACUGCGCAUAUUGCCAGAAAUUUCUUUAUUUGCAUUAGAGCCCGAAGAAAAGGGGAUUAUUUAUGAAAGGAGAAAUAAUGUCAUGCAUAAGACUGCAGAGCAAGAGCUCAAUGGAAGGACCACGGCUGAAACAGCCAUCCUGGAUGAGUUUGAGCUGCGAUUCCUCUCUUCGUUGUUUGCCCACCGUUGUUACGAGGUACCAGUAUGUUGGGAAGUAGCAAUGAGUCAGCUGAAAAUGAAUUACAGUUAUGCGCCUCUAGUGAUAAUCGACGUGAGCCCAGAAAAUAAUGAUACAAUGAAACACUGCGAAGAAUAUGUGGGAUUGACUCCGUCCUUCUUCAACCACUUAGGAGUGACGGACAUUAGCGGGUUUCUUUCCCACUACCAUAGCACAGGGGAUAUUCUAAGAUUAAAUCAUCAACCGGAAAUGCCUCACUAUGUCACACUAGAGCCAACGCGGUUUUUGAGCAUGAUAGUAAGAAUAUUAUGUCCUGAUUUCCUCUUGUUGACAUGUGAAACAGAACAAACAAGUGAGAUUGAAAAGAAGAACCGCUAUUUGCGACUGGUCUCCGGUGUUACAGAGCCUGAAGUGUCAUUGUACCUACAACAAUUUUUGCAAUACCGUCGUGUAAACUACUCCAUGAUCAGGGCGCUCCUCCCAGCGUUCUCUCCUAAAGUGAAGGCAGUACCUACAAGUGACUUUACGAAUGUUCGAAAGUAUACUUUGGGAGUUGUGGGUAGCAAAAAGUCCCCACCAUCCAGAUUAAAGAAGAUAAGGGAAACCUCUAAGCCGAUCACAAAAGAUGCGAGGAAGCACGUGACAAAAAGAAAAGUCAGACAGCCCGAAUCCUCAACAAGGUCCAGUUGGACAUCAGGCCUAACAAGAGCUUUGGUAAUCCUGUUUGCCAAUCUGCUAGAAGUCGGGUUUUUGUCCUUUAAGACACUGACACCACUUGAUUCGUAUGAGUCAUCUCUGCCCUCUUUGUACCUACCACCUGCUCGUAACUGCAAGUUGGAAUUUAAGCUGAACAGUCAGGUGCUGGUUGCUACCGGUUCAGGAGUAAGGGCAGAACAUGUCGUGACCAUGUGGUUCCCACUACUUAGACCCUGGGGAAUUUUUAGACGUCUGUGCAGCCGUAUGGGAAACCUACUCUCAGGCAGUAUUCAUUCAAUUUCGUUCACUGUACCCGAGUACUAUUCAGGAAGCCCCGAGAGACCAAAUUUCGUUCCCAUGAAAUACGAAAUUAAAGGGGAGUUCGAAGUUACUCAUCCGUCUUUCACGCUGCGCCUGCAGCAAUGUGAUUGCAUCACAGCACAGAACGAAAAGUUUUAUGGAAUUCGGUUAAUGGCUUCCUGUUCUUCCGAAACCCUGUUGUUUCAAGCUCCCUAUGGUUGUGAAAACCGCACAGAUCUACAGGCCGUAGCAAAAGAAGAUAACUCUGUCGGAGAUCUCGACUUUUGCCCAUUUCUCUGGUUCAACAAAGUGUGCACAACAAUGACCUUCAAAUCAGAAGGCCUUAUAUACUUCUGGGAUAAACAGGCCCGCGAUUGACACGAAAGUGACCAAGGCAGUUGAGGGGAAUAGAAGUUGAUUAUGUAACAGUGUGAUAUGCUAUAGGAAGCAUUGAUCCUUCAAUCUCCAACCUCAGUCGCCAUGAGGUUGCACAUAAGACAAGUCUCAUUCCCUUUGUAUCAUUAUUACCUGUACAAUUUAUUAUUUAUAUUAGUGCCUAACAUUCGGA